AUGGAAGACGAAGAAGAAGCCUACAAGUUAUGGCGGAUCAGAAAAACUGUCAUGCAAAUGUGCCAUGACAGAGGGUAUAUGGUAUCGCAGGAAGAAUUGGAUCAAACGUUCGAUCAAUUUCAUGAACAGUUUUACAGCGAAAUGAGUGAAAGUAGCCAGGUACGCGGAUUAUUAUCCAUGUUGGUGCAUCACAUCGAUGAUCCUACAGAACAACUGUUUGUUUUCUUCCCGGACGAGCCUAAAGUGGGGAUUAACACGAUUAAAAAAUACUGCCAACGAAUGCAGCGAGAGAAUAUCAAUCGCGCUAUAAUCAUCAUACAAUCUGGAAUGACUCCAACCGCGAAACAGUCUUUGAUCGAUAUGGCUCCUAAAUACACAUUGGAAUCAUUCAUGGAAUCCGAAUUAAUGAUAAAUAUAACCGAACAUCAUUUAGUUCCUAAACAUAUAGUCAUGAGUCCUGAAGAAAAGGCUGAGCUUCUAGCUAGAUACAAAUUAAAGGAGCAUCAAUUACCUAGGAUUCAAGUAGGUGAUCCUGUAGCUCGUUAUUAUGGUUUAAAGAGAGGGCAGUUUGUAAGAAUUAUCAGGCCAAGUGAAACUGCAGGAAGAUAUAUAACAUAUCGCUUAGUUUCUUAAGCGAAGCAAUAAUAUUUCGUUAACUAUUAUAUAAUCAAACCCAAUAUUGUAUGUAUUAUGUGUUGUUAAUAAAUAUUGCCGUUAUGAUAAUAAAAUAAGGAUUUUU